AGCGCGGGGCGGCCCCGCUGCGCUGUGCCCCGGGGUGGCAGCGCGGAGGCGGCGGCCCGCAAUGCGUUAUGUGUCCCCGCAGGCGCCUCGCGGCUCGCCCCGGCCGUCACGCAGCACGCCCCGUUCUUUAAAGGCACGGCCGUCGUCAAUGGGGAGUUCAAGGAACUGACCCUAGAUGAUUUCAAGGGGAAAUACCUCGUGCUUUUCUUCUACCCUCUGGAUUUCACCUUUGUGUGCCCCACAGAAAUUGUGGCUUUUAGUAACAAAGCGAAUGAGUUCCACGAUGUGAACUGCGAGGUGGUGGCGGUUUCUGUGGACUCCCACUUCUGCCACCUGGCCUGGAUAAAUACACCACGCAAGAGUGGCGGCUUGGGCAAGAUGAAUAUUCCAGUUCUAUCAGACCUCACAAAACAAAUCUCCCGUGAUUAUGGUGUUCUGCUAGAAGGACCUGGCAUUGCACUAAGAGGUCUCUUCAUCAUUGAUCCAAAUGGGGUCAUCAAACAUCUGAGCAUCAAUGAUCUCCCUGUCGGUCGCAGUGUGGAAGAGACCCUUCGCUUGGUGAAAGCAUUCCAGUAUGUGGAAACACAUGGAGAGGUUUGCCCAGCAAACUGGACUCCAGAUUCCCCUACAAUCAAACCAAGUCCAGAGGCUUCUAAAGAAUAUUUUGAGAAAGUGCACACACAAACACUGAAAUGCAGAUGAAACUUAGUUACCUUAUGCUGAAGACAUUAAGUGGCUGUGAUUAUGGAAGAAAAAAUGUUCUCAUUUCCUCGUUUUAAAAUAAUAAUUAAAUGCUGAAAUACUUAUUGACUCUUGCUUUUUUUUUUUUUUUUAAAAAAAAAAGGUAAAAAUAAAGCUUUAUUUUCCCCUUCAGCAAGUUAAGUUUUAUGCAUGCCUGUAACCAGAAUGUGACAAGUGGAUGAAAAACAGUUAUGUUCCAGUUUGUUCUUUUAGUUUGUUUUCCCUCUUUGCUUAACUAGCUUUGGGAAAAAGAAAACUCCCACUUAGCUUUUCUCACGUGAUGUGACAGAUGCCAUUCUGUAAGGAGCUGGAAACCGUGCAAGUAGACAAUACAGAAAACAGGUUUGACAUGGAGUUCUUAAGUAUUCUUUUUCAGGGGAUGAAAUGAAUGUAACACGCACAAGAAAGUUUCUGUCCACAAUAUUAGAUCAAUGUAUGUACAAAUUAAAUCUUACCAAAUACAAAGUGUCAAAAUAUAGUGUAGCUACACAGGAGUGUUAAAAGGUAUUAUGAGCUUGCAUUCUGUUUAGGAGAUAAUUAAAAAUUUGCACUCCACUACUGUGCAUAACAAUCUUCUUUCAUUUAAAGCCUUGUUUGCUUGAAUUUGCCUGCAGAAAAUGCAAAGGUCGAUUGUAAAUUGUACCAUUUAAAGGAAUAUAGCAUACCUGCAUUUGUGGUGCCAUCAAUAAAUCCUAGUACUGACUUGCA